CUGGUCCUCAUUAGGGUUGGGGACGGUGCCCGUGCUACAAGACUGACAGAUCCAGCAGCGUGUCCCCGAUUUUGACUCUGCGAUCCUCAAUUCCGGAAGUCUAGUUGCGGAGAGGCGCAAGGCUACGAGGACGGGGAAGUACUUAGUCAAUACCUGGCGAAUUUAGAAAGAUUGCGAGAUGGAAUCGGCAUCGGGUUCGAUUAGUGGAGGUUCGAUGUGGUACGGCCCCAGUUAUUGGUCGGAAGUCGGCUCGAGAGCACGAAGGCAGCGACGUAGGUGGGGCAGCGCCAUGGGGCCCGAGUGAGUGACGAGAAGGUGGUAAUGGUAGUCGUCAGUCUGUGGAAAGGUGGAGCUCCGAGAUUGUCGUCUUUGCAUCCUGUGAGGACGAUGGAACCUCCGUCGCACGAGACCAUCCGGAAACAAGAUUAUGUUUUCAUCGUCAACCCGAACGGUGCCAACGGAAGAACGGGGGAUUCAUGGAAGAAGCUGCUUCCGAAAUUGACAGCUCGCCUGGGCAACAAUUGGAACAUUUCGGAAAAACUCACCGCAGGUCCUCAACACGCCACUCAGCUUGCGCGGGAGGCCAUCAGGGACGGAGCGGCGGCCGUCAUUGCAGUCGGUGGGGAUGGGACGCUUCAUGAAGUGGUCAAUGGCUUUUUCGAGAAUGGGAAGCCGAUCGAAUCCAAACUCGCGGAUUCAUUUCCUGCGCAGAAAACAGCUCUCGGGCUUAUACCCAUGGGCACGGGCUCCGACUUCGCUCGAGUUUUCGGCUGGAAUAGUGACCCCACUAGAGCCAUAGAUCGGCUUUGUAAGGGUGAGAAGAAGAAGGUAGACGUGGGCCAGGUGAUCUACGGAAAAGAGCGUAAAAAGCGGUUUUUCAUCAACGUCGCCGACUUACAUUUGAGCGCGAAAGCAGGAUUUUACGCUGGAAUGCACAAGCGGAUUGGCAACUUAAGCUAUGUGGUCGGUGCGUUACAGGGAUUCCAGGGUCAUCGUAAUCGAGACCUGAAAAUUAGGGUUGAUGGUGGCAAGUGGGAAACUUGGUCUGAGGUCACAGCCAUCUGUGUUGGAAAUUCCAAGUAUUUUGGUGGUGGAAUGAAGAUUACACCUACUGCAGAUCCUUCUAGUGGUGAUCUGGAGGUUGUGAUUAUCAAGGGAUAUAAGUGGUACGACUUCCUGUUGAAAUUGCACACUCUGUAUCUAGGUUCUCAUAUAAGGCAAAAGAAUGUUACCUCGAUGAAGGUGAGGCGCUUAGAUGUUGAAGAGGUCGAUGAUUCCACGAAGGAGAAAUAUCCCGGAACAUUUGUUCAGGCUGAUGGCGAGCAUCUAGGUUUUCUCGAUGCGUCUUUUUCCGUCAUACCCGCUGCAAUAGAUUUCAUUCGGUAGAUCUCUAUCAACCGAAGCUGAUAUGUAAAUAAUGCUGUAGAUAACACCUUAGUCAUGUGAAUCAACCUCACGCAGAUUAAGUUUUCAACGUGUUGGAGAUCAUUAGGACCCCGCGUUUCAGAGUUCCCUUCGUAGUUGAGUUGAAGAAGGGUUUCUUACGUGCGGAAUUAUUGACACUUUACUUUUUUCUGAAAAAAGGAUUUCGUGAAAUCUCUUUCAAUGACGAAUCUAACAGAAAGUUUCUGUAUACACUCAGUAGGAUUGGCUUCCAUCCAUGCAACUAUCUCGUUCUUUUUCCACUCACAAAAGCAAAUGAUAAGGUAUGGUACGUCCUUACAGGCUAUUGAGAUGAGUGUCGAUCUGAUUUCUGUCGUCUACACCUUAACUUGAGUCGAGGGGCUCUACCUCAAGUGCUUAGGAACCUCUUGUAACAUUUCGUGUACUUCCGGGCAGAGGAGGCAAGACUAACGAAGUACAUGAUGUAUGUCGAAUGGAAGUCCCGACAGCUGCCUGCUUUACCUGGAAUCCUGCGUCGAUUGCGGAGUAUUAUACCUUGAACUGGAUUGGAAGUUUAGGCACUAAACAGAUCUGUACAGAAUGAAAGAAAAGUGGUCGCAAAAUCUGGACAUCACAUCCCAAGGUUCUCGGAGUUAAGGACCCGGUUGUAGGAUAUUUACCCGUCUCCUAGGCCUGAAACCACAGGAGAUAAAUUGAUGCCAUGCUUCCAAUUUCUGCCAAAAGAUCUGCAAGCGACUUCUACAACGGCGGAUCCAUCAACAGAGGAAGACACAUUAAUGCGAUUGUUAUAUGUUGGAAACAUACAUGUAGUUCAUCAUGGCAACAACUUCUCGUGGCAUACAGAUUUCGCGUAUUAAUUAUUCCACCAAAAUACGUGGGAGGUGAAUAUUCAAAUCAAUUUAUUCAAAUGAAUUACAAUUGAAGUUCGCCAUCAAAAGAUCUUUUGGUUUAUCACAAACUACAUCCAUCAUUUUGUUUUUAGCAUUCAAUCUUCCAUAGGUUUGUUCAACUGAAGUCCUAGAGGUAUUACUAAGAAAUGAGAUGCACAAUUCCAACAGAUUGUUUGCGCUUCAAAGCGGUGGGGAUUGAGGAAAUACAAAAAGGUCAAUUCUCACAUGUGAUGAUGAGUCCAAGUCUGGAGUACCUUGUUAGAACUGCAAUUUAAAAUACAUGCAAUUGAGCAUCUUUCGGUGUUUCAUUAUUACUUUUCAUUAUCUUGGGAUGUAAGGUUUGGACGUUCUAAAUCUUAUAUCCUAGGAUUUCUAGGACAUGAGCUUCACAACAUUUGAAUCUGAAGGAAAUAUAUCUG